AUCCGCCAAUCGAUCCGUAAUUAUAGCGUACUACUAGUACAUCCAUAGUAGGAAGAGUGAACUACGACUAACUAAUGAUUGAUUCUCAAGGCGGGAAACCACAGCCUCGGCCGCGCAUCACGUGUGGGUCGGGGGUUCCUGUUCCGGAAUGCCAAUCAUUAGCAUCCUAUCGUCAUUCUGCCUACUUUCCCCCUCAUUCAACAGCAGGUAUUCACACCUUUCGGUCUUUUUCGUGUGUCCCUCAUUUCGCGCAUCAGUGGCCACUCCCUACAUCGUGUAGUGUAUCCGUGUGGGCGCGCUCAGUUCGUUCUGAGUCCUGACCGAUCGAUAGUGCCACCAGCCACCGCAAGAUAAGGUGGUCCCAGGAAUCCGCCUGCCUAUCAGCGACUAUUGAGCGCUUUAAAAACCCAGUUUAGACCAACGCCGCUACCUAUACAAAUAUUUUCCUUUUUUCUUAAACAUAGAUAACAUCUCGCUAUCAUGUCGAACCCUUUGGAUACCGAUGCCGGCUCGGAGCUGUUCAGUAGUUACGAAACCGAGCUGAAGCUGAUACAGGCCGAUCUGAACCAGACAUUGGACCAGAUCGCUGAGUCGAGUGGAGAGCAACGGAAAUCAACAAUAAGGAAAGCGGAACAGCUGCUAGAUGAAGCUACUGAACUGUUGGACCAGAUGCGCAUGGAGAAGCAGAACAUUCCCUCGGCGGCACGGUCAAAAGUCAACGCACGAUUUCGCAAUUAUGCCACGGACCUUGAUGAGUCGAAACGCAAGCUCAAGUCUCUUUCUGACGACCGGAAAGCGCUCUUUGGCGAUCGCUACACCGACGACCCGCAGGAUGUACACUUGGAGCAGAGGCAGCAGCUUCUGUCCGGCACGGACCGCCUGGAGCGCAGCUCUGCCAGACUCCAAGAAAGUCAGCGGAUUGCUUUGGAGACGGAGGAUAUCGGCCGCAACACGCUAGCAGAUUUGAAUCAGCAGCGGGAAACCAUCAUGAAUACUCGGAGCAAUCUGCAGCAAAGCGAAGGAUAUGUUGAUACCAGUAUCAAAACGUUGAGGGGCAUGGCCCGUAGGAUGGCUACGAAUCGGAUAAUUACGAUUGCGAUUAUAACCGUUUUGGUUCUCCUAAUUAUUGCCGUUAUCUACAGCAAGUUUCAUUAAGCGUUAGGGCUAGCAGGCGUUGUGCGGGAGUUCUUCGAUUUUACUUUCAUCUUACGAUACAGUGUCUGCUGUAGCAGGCACUGCUAAAGCAACGUUGUAUGAUAGCAUCUCCAUGGCCUAAUCAAGCCGGCUU